AUGUCAUUGCCAAGGUUCAUCGUGAUCAAAUCCAUCCAUGCCAACGCAUGCCUCGGCUUCAAACAAGACGAUCCCUAUGAAGGCUUUGCCGAAUUCUCAGAAUCAAUGGUUACGAGCCCAAAUGCAAAAUUCGAAGUGGAGUCAGCUAAAGGUGGACUGGUUCACAUAAGGAACUGUAUUAACAUGAAAUACUUAGAACGAACCGAAGAGGAUUCCAUCUCUGGUAAAGCAGAUGAGCAGUAUUGGAUCACUGCAACAGCCGAGAAGAAAGAGGAGGACCAAUCCAAAGAAUGGUGCACCUUGUUCCAGCCAUUGGAAGAAGACUCGGUGAAUAAAACUUACCGGUUCAUGCAUGUUCAAUCAGGCUGCUAUUUACUCCUACGCCAAUCCUAUUCCUCGGAUAUUACUGCCGGGGUGUUGGCGACCAGCACGAAAAUCGAUGCUAAUGGCAACGAUGUAUUCAAAGUUAUCGAUUGGGACACGUUAGUGAUUCUACCUCGGUACAUUGCGUUCAAAGGAAACAAUGACAUGUUCUUGCGUCUUGCCGAGAUCGAUGGUCACCCGUAUUUACAGUUUUUAGGUGAGGAUAUUGGUGAGGCGGCUGUGGCAAUGGAGGUUUUCUAUACUCCCAAUGGUGACAUUAGGAUCAAACCGGUUUGUUCCGAUAAAUAUUGGAAGCGUAAACCGGAUUGGAUUUGGGUUGAUUCUGAUGACACUAAAGGUAACGAUAAGGACACGUUGUUUCAUCCCUUUAAAGUUGAUGGUAAGACAAUAGCUCUUCUCAAUUUAGGCAACAAAAUGUUCUGUAAGCGUUUCACAGGUGAAGGGAGGACGAGCUGUCUUAGUGCACGCAUCCCUUCUGUUACCAAAGAGGCUUAUCUAAAUGUGGUGGAGCCUGUGUUGUCGAGAAAGAUCGAAAAUCUCCGAUACGAUACCGAGAACGCUAGGGUGUAUGAUGAAAAGGUCCAAAUUGUGGCCAAAAAUUCAGCUAGCAACCAUACUACACAAUCCAACACAAUGGAUGUGAAACUUACCUAUACAGACACCACAACUAGUACUUGGAAUUCUCAUUUUUCAAUAGGUCUUGAAGCUAAAGCUAGUUUCGAAUUCGGCGUCCCGAUUAUCGCGGAAGGGAGUGUUGAGAUAUCUACCAAUGUUGAAACCGGGAUUGAAUGGGGAGAGACCAAGACAACGACGACGGUCAUGGAAGUUAACCAUCAAGUUCAUGUGCCCCCGAUGACUAAGGUGACGGUGUAUCUAUUGAUGACCAAAGGCAAGUGUGAUGUUAACUUCAUGUUCACUCAAAAAGACACUCUUUUCAAUGGGACCAUCGUCAAAACUGAUGUCGUAGGAAGCACUUACGUCGGUUCUAAUUACUACAACGUCCAAUAUGAUACCAAAGAAGAACCACUCACCUCUUGA